AUGGCAGAUGAUUUUAUUGAUUACUUGAACUCUUUCAACAUCCAAAGCUGCUUACUCCCUCACUUGGCGAAAGAAUAAAAUCAGUAGUUUUUACUAUCUCGCAGAAGGAAGAGAUUUAAAUUUUAUAAAAACACUCUGCUCUGAAGUAUUUAAUUCUUGAAUUAGCUUAUAAUAAUUAUUAUUAUUAUUAUAGGUGUAUCAAAAUAUCUUUUAUAAAUAAAACGAUGCACUGCUCACUCACGAAAGGGUUAAUUUCUAAAAUAAUUUUCUUAUCAUUUUAAAUUUUUAGAGGUGCAGGGAAUUAGUUGCUUCGUCUAUAGAAGAUCUUAGAACUGGCAUCCCUCUCUGUGACUUAAUUUCUUAUUUUUCCAAAAACCCCGCACUUGAAGGUGUGAUACGGAAGGAAUCUAAAUAUAUUUCUAAAAAGGAGCAAAGCCUCCACAACCUUCAAAUUGCUUUAAAUGCUUUGAAUUCCCCAUGAACUCCUGAGCAAGUAUAUCAAAAUCAAGAAAUGCUCAUUUCUCUUUAUCAAACUGUAGCAAGGAUAAGCAAGCCAUCAAAUAAUCAAAAAGUUUUGGAAUUUCAAAGUCCAGAAGACAGCCCAAAAGCCCCUCUAAAGAAAAGAAAUAGCACUAUUUGCUCCUUGGCAUCAUCAAUAAGGCAUGAUCCUUUAAAUUUUAGCUGUCCAGAAUAUUUAGAAGAAAGCACAGUGGUACAUCCCUCCCCAUCUCCAAUGCCAAUGACUUCAAGUAUAACUCCAAUCACUGAAAAUAGAAAAUUAAUCAUUUGUGAUUGGCUACUAUCAAUGAGAGUUUUACCAAAAAAUGCGAAAUUGGAUGAAAUUCCUGAAAUUUGUAGUGAUGGGAAAUUAUUUUGUGAAAUUCUCAAUCGAAUUGCUGGGAGGACUAAAGCUAUUCAAGGAUAUGACAAAAACCCAAAAACCAAAACAGCUAUGAAAGGAAACGUCCAAAAAGCCCUUAAAUACCUGAAAAGUUUCCCUAAAUUUUCAAGUCAAGUCCUAUGAGAUGUAGAUCUGAUUGUCAGCUCUGAUAGCUAUGCAGCUUGGCAUUUGCUUGAUGAUAUCAGAAAUUUUUUCCCAAAAUAUGUUCCAAGAAGUCCAAGUUUAUCUCUAACAAAUUAAAUUAAGAGUCUUAACUAACAUCUUCCAGAUUUGAUGCCUACGCGUGCUUUUGACCAACGCCAGGAGCAGGGAUCUAUUCUAAGAGCUGAAUUAACUGUGAUCCUAAGAUUCUCGACGGUUAGAAAAACGUCCGGUCAGUGCGCCAUCAAGUGCUAUGGAGAUAAAGGUUAGCCGAUACCUCCUAUCGGCUACUUUUGGGAGAUUUGACAACUAGAAAAAAGAACAAUAACCCUCCACAGUCAGCAGGGAAAGAAUCCAUGGGCCCACAAACCAUCUGGAUAAAUAAUGCCUAGACUGAAAUGAUUGGUAAAGACAUAUUUUGUCUCCAUCACCAUAUUAAUUAUUAUCUCUAUUAAGAAAGACUCGAAACAACUCAAUUGAAAGAAAUAACAGUACUUCUCCUAUAUUAACUCAAUCUUUUGUAAACAAUAAAUCCCAAGUACUUACUCGCCAAACUCCAAGUCCAACACCAUCUACAAUAUAUCCACGCUCAACUUCUUAUACAAACACUACUACCCCUAUCCCUUUUGAACCUACAGAUUCUAUGAGUUUAAAUACCCAACAAAGAAUUAGAGCUUGGCUAUCUGGCUUAGAACUCGAUCAUUUAUUAGAUUUCCAUUACAGGCAUUUCUUACAGGAUCCAUUAAGAAAUGGAACUCUUCUUUGCGAAGUUGUGAGCAUUUUAGAGCAAAAAGUCCCAAUUGUUAGAAAUCCUGUAAGCAUAAAUGAAAUAAGGAAAAAUAUAGACAGCGCCAUGUAUGUACUUCAGAAAAGAAGAGUCCCUAUACCUAGUAUAGUGCUGAGGAAUAAAGAUAGCAUAAUCCAAGGAAAUGCUGAGAGCACAUGAGGAUUAUUGCAUUCUUUAAUGAUACUGUAUCCAAUGGCCAUCAAAAAGCAAUCCGUUAAUGAAUCCAUGAAGAGAGAAAGUAGCUUGCAUAACGAUAGUUCUUUUUUCAGCAAAAAGCCUAUAAAUAGAACGUCAAGCUUGGAUUUUUCGCAAAGAUUAAACAUGAGUUUAGUGAACGAUAAACCAAAUACUAAUACAUGAAAAAGUAGAGGAAACCAAAGUAUGAUUUUCACCUCCUUCAAUUCCUCCUUACUUAAAAAUACAGAAAAUAACGAAAACUACCAACUCAAUAGAUAUGAGUCGCCAAUUAAUAUUUCUGUAAGAAAACUUGUAAAAAACAAAACGAGCGCUUUUGAUUGGUUUGAUGUUAGCAAAACAAUGGCCCCAGAUACGCAAAAAAGUAUCCUUAAAUCAAUUUUGCCUAAUAAUUAUAAGUGGGUUUAUAAUAUUGGAAUCAGCAUACCUAAAAGUCUGGAUUUAACAGAUGACGUUAUUGAAGAUUUUCAAAGUGGUGUUCUCUUGAGCCAAAUUGUAUCAAAACUAGAAAAAUAUCCUAUAAAAGGCAUACAAAUGAGCCCGAAAACAAGUGCGGCUAUGCUGCAUAAUAUAAAGAUGACUUUCGAAGUGUUGAAGACCAAAGCUAGCUUUAGCAGCAGACUGAUGUUUGUAGAGGAAGAAAUUUUGAAAGGAGAUGGUAAUACAGUUAGAGAUUUACUUGGAGAAAUUUUUCGAAUAUAUAGGCAUACAAUAGUUGUUUUAUCGAAAUUUAGAAGGGGCAGAAUAGUGAAAAGUGAAACAUUUACAUAA